CUAGCGGGCGAUGUUGGGCGAUGCAGUCAUACAACAACAACCAAGAUGGCGGAAGUGAACAAAAAUAUUGCAACAAUUUUUCAACAGAACAUUCCAAACGGCAAAAAAGCGCUUCAAGACAGCCACAAAAAUCUUGCCGAAAUCGCCGACUAUUGCGAACGGCAAUAUGUAUCGGUGAAUAAUACAUACAAAAGCAACGAUAAGAUAAAAGCGUUAGAAGGAACACGAACGGUUUUCGCUGAGACAAAACAAUAUGCGACACAAUCUUUGGCCAGUGUUGCUUAUCAGAUUCAUGCUUUGGCCGCAAAUGUGCUCGAUUUACUUGACAACCAAGCAAGUCAACUCAGCCAAAUGAAUUCAGAUAUCAGCUACAUUUCUAACGUAAGUGAUUUUCAAAUUUUGUACGAAGUGAACAAUCCAAGUCUGACCAAAUGUAUCAUUGAAUGUUUAGGUUUUUAUUAUUUUAUACUAACCUAUAAAGUCAUAAACAUAAACUUAAAACUACAAUACUAGAACUAUUAUUACAUUAUGGUUUCUUCAUAUAUUACCAAAAUGCCCCUACUUCAGUGGCGUAACUACUAUGGGCUCAGACCGGGAGAACCCAGGGGCCCCAACCCCAAUGGGGGCCCCCUGGCUUAGGCAAUAGAGCAAAAACAUUGGCCAGGGCCUGUGAUAUGUUACAAUGUCGUUUUCUGACCAUCAGAAUUCUGAAAAAUCUCUCCCCAAAGUCCAGGAAAUGGCAUUUCAGAGAGUCUAGAUUCAAAAAUUUUCCGGAUGAACAUGCCCUGGACCCCCUAGAAAACUCGUGCAUAUACAGCGCUCGACUCGUGCCUUUGGCACUUCUACUAGGGGGCCUCCGAAAAUUUUGAACCGGGAGCCCCCUGCUUUAACGUUACGCCACUGCCCUAAUUAAUAUUGUGUAUAAAAUAUAAAUAUAUUGUGGUGUCAAGAGGUGUUCUAAAAUUAUAGGUGGUAACUUUCAUUUAUGUUUCAAGAGUAUUAAAUCUAGUAUAUUUCCAAAUUUUAUUUAUAUUUACAAGUUUUAUUGUUGACCUUAACAUGUAAAAAGUCUUUCAUUAUGCAUUAUGAAAAUUUACAUAAGGAUAGGGGGGGGCGGCAACUGCCCCUCUUCAGGCCUCGAAUUUCCCUGAAAUCAAUCGAUGGCAAUGGCGUUAAAAAUUGCUGUAGAACGUAACAGUGGCGUGCUGGGACCAAUAUGCGCCCCUAUAAUGUUACGCUUGAUAAACGAGGGCCGAAGGCACGAUCCGAGCGCCGCAGACCUGUGCGAGGUCUGUCUUGGGGGGUCCGGGGGUAUGCCCCCAGGAAAAUUUUUGAAUUUAGAGUCUCUGAAAUGCCAUUGCACCAUACGGCAAAGUUUCUGGUCUGCCUUACCUUCAUUUACGACGCGGGCGGGCGGGUGGUUAGGACUAUAGGACACAAUUACAAUUGUGGCUUUGCUCACAUUUUUGUGGUCCUUCUUGUCCCUUUUCAUGCUAAUUGUAUUAAAAUAUUAUAAACUUUUACAUAAAUUGCAUUUAUAUUAUUUAAAAAUCGACAUGCAUGACAGAUUACAAAGGAAUUUACAUAUCAAAAUGAUAUAUUUCUAUGAUAUAUUUUCUAUGAUAUAUUUCAAAAUGAUAUAUUUUAUCGUUCUAUGAGUCAAAUCCUUCGCGAACAUUUUCAAGAACUAAAAAUUAAUUGUAAACAACAAAAUAGUCCUGAAAUAAUACUUUACGGAGAAAGGACGCGGGCGGCGGACCUUGUAGUGGCCUAAAUAGUGGCAUAACUUGUAGUGGCCUAAAUGAUAGUUGAAUAACUGUAAUAAGUUGUGUAAAAAACCCUAUAUGUUGCAUGAAAUUAAGGCAAAAAGUCUGAGCUACAAGCUUUCAAGCUACAAAAGUGGUCAUAUGACAUAUGUUGGCAACAUAUCCCCUCCCCCAUUAUUAUGUGUCCACCAAUGUAUAAAGGAUAAAUAGAAUCUCAAAAUGUUUUCAGAAUGAAAGUAGAACCUUACUAAAAAAUAGACGUUUGGUUCUGGAAGAGCUGGUAUACAGUAUGCUUUUUAUAAGUUUUGCUCACCAACAUUUGGGGUAAGAAAAUUUUUUACACCAGAUGUAUACAUGGAUAAGUUCUGCCAUUUUGUAAUUUGCUGAACAAAACAUCCAGAUUUUACUUUCAUUGGUUUGAUUGCCAUGUUUAUCCAUUAAUCCAAACCAAUGGUAGGUUUCCAAACCUCUAUCAGAUGUAGCUCUGGCACCUCUUCCCCCCACAGAUCUGUGCCUCUGUGGUCCGGCCAUAAAAGAGGGUGUUGAUGGGUUAUUCACUUGUGAUUCACUCAAUUUCAGUUACCGUCAGUUGUGAAAACACUAAAAAUUUAGCGUGAAUUGUGAGGAAAAAAAUACUGUUUAUCGUUUCAGAACACUUUUCAAAGAUUUACCGUUAAAAUACUAAAAUGUUACUUAUUGUUACUGUUAAAAUACCAAACUUUUACCGUUAAAUUUUUAGGUGGAAGAGCGGACCAUAAUCAGUUUUAUUUUGGAAUUGAUUAUGCUUCAUUUUGAUUAAGUUCAUUAACUCCCCAACAUAUAUACCGUAACCAAAUAGAUUGCACUUUAUUGAGACCAGUGACACAAAAGCGAUGACAUGUGCUAAGCAAAACUUCAUUGGAGACAAUGGAGAUAAAUAUUCAAAAGGGCUCUACCGCUGUGCAAUAGAGGUGUGCGUUGGAUCGGAUUGACCUCUUUGAAUUCGAUGAUUUGUCUAAAUUCUCAAUCCGAAUCCGAUCCGAAGAUGGAAAAAGCAAUCCGAUCCGAUCCGAAAAAAUGUUUAUAAAAUCCGAUCCGAUGCUAAAAUUCGUAAUCCGAUCUGAACUUAAGUUAUUAUAUACAGCGUGCGUUAAUUAUUCGGUGUAUGAACGUAUUUUUUCAUGAUCAUAAACGAUAUAUUGGAAAUAAUGAAUUUCCAGCAAAAAUAAGCAGAUACGAAUACGAUAAAAAUUGCAGCGCAAUAUCACAUAAUUAUGCCUUAUACAGUUAUGCUAGCGUAGAAAAAAACCCCGACUAGUCACCGAGUUAUUAUAACAAUGCAUGACCUUGAGCUGGGUUUACAAUUUAAAACAUCUUAAAGUUUAUCGCUAAUAAGUCUCAUUGUCAGUGCUUCAUGACACAUAAACCUAACAAGCUAAACAAAGAAUCACAACAUUUCUAUAUCCCAAUUCCCAUACGUAACCGAUUUAAGAAAAAUCCACAUAACGCCAGUGUUUCUUUUGUCAGAAAUAUCAAAACACUUUUCUACUUUAUUGUCAUCGCUCGGCAUUAUAUUGUAUUACUCCACUUUGACCAAAUCACUCGGCUUACUCAGCUCCAAAGCCUUCCAGGCAUUCCCUGCUAUAGAACUAUCUUACAAAAUCCGAUCCGACAAUAAAAAAAAGAAAUCCGAGUGAAUUACUGUCCGAAUCGGAUCGGAUCGGAUUCGCGCACCUUUACUGUGCAACGUAUGUAUGGUCAGGGGUAUCGUAAUUCUAAAAGACAAACCUAAUUUAUAAUAUCAGUCAUUAUGCUUUUAUUUACAGUAUUUAAUUACUCUUUUAAGAACUAAGAUUCCGCUUGGGCCGAGGGAAGUGAAUUUGAAUAGAGAGUACUGCCCUAACUUAUGAUUUCAAAAAUAGACUCCAAGACAUUUAAUUUUCAGAAAUAUGUGAAAAUUGGUCGAGUGUCAAAUAAUACACGAAAUAAGAUUCAAGCACUAGUCAUGUGAGGUCAAUCUUUCAUGCAUCAUUGAUACAUGUUCGGGAUUUGGCACUGAGGAGUGCCUACAAAGUGGAGUUUUGACAUGCAGGUACACUUUGCCCUGAAUAUACAUGACCUCUGCGAUGAAUUAUAGUUUAAUUAAUUACAGUAUAGAGAAUGCAAGACAUGCAUCAUAUAAUGCUUCGCAACUGCUGUAGCUCAGUUGGUUAGAGCACUGCACCCGGAAUCACAGGACUGUAGAUUUGAUUCCUGCCAGAGGACCUGUUGUAUUUUUCGUCACUAGCUGCCACUGACGAGGUCUAAAGAUUAUACUGGCAGUAUAAUUUCACUUGAAACUUCAAGCCUAGCUAAAAAUAUACCUUCAACACUUUGUUGUAUCUAGUGAGAUGGCCAAAAUCCCAGCUGACAUUUGAUCGAAUGAUCAUUAAUGGCUGCAUGUUUAUACACCAAGUACAUACAAUCAACAACAAGUCCCUUUUCCAUAUUCUAAAAUAGUACGCUUAUCGUCAAGGUUGAGCUAAUUAUAUACCACAUAUUAGUCAAUCUUCUUGAUCACUAAAACUUUAUCAGCCUUCCCUUCUGCAGUGUCAUUAAUUAUUAUGAACACGGACCCAACACAUUUUAUUCCGUGAUUGUUAGGUUGUGUUCUGUACGUUUCCUAAAAGAACUGACAUGACUGGAAAUCUAGAGCUUAAUUCUUUCAGUUACUAAUACACAGUGUUCUCCGGCAAUAGAAUUUAGAGUAGGGGGCUUUUGGGAAGAAGUAAAGGGCUAUGUGAAUACAUCUCUCCUUGGAGGAGGUGAGUUCCGAGGGCGUCUCCCAUAAAGAUUUUGAAAUUUCCGGCCAUUGGUGAGAGUAGCUUUGGAGAUUUUGUCAUAUAUAAUUAUAUUAUGUCGGAUUUUGUCCCAAAUAAUUUUAAUAUUUAACGAAGAAUAUCUUUUAAACGCGAGAAACCUUUCUCUUGACAUUGCUGUGGUAACUGGUAAGAGGAAAUAUUUUGGGUUAUAAUCUUUUGGAGAAAUAACUGGCGGUUGUCUGCGCUAUAGAAGGCGAAAAUUGCCCGGUGGCGGCGUCUAUUGGGAACCCCCCAGCUAACACUGGGGAAGAAGGUUGUACAGUAACUAUAAUUGUAUUUUAUGAAGACAUUAAAAUUGAUUACGUUGGCACUUGGGUCUUUAGGUCGUCCAGGUGCACAAAGAAAAAGUAGCUCGAAGAGAAAUUGGUGUUCUAGCAUCAAGCAAGAACACGACACGUGGUCACAAAAUUAUCGCUCCUUCACAGAGAGAACAGCCCAAACGUUAUCAAAGACAACCGAUCGAUUACAAUGCCUUGGAUAAUGUCGGUAGGUAGACGUCGUCAGUGACUUUCAUCUGGACAUUUAGCAAACUAGGAAACAUUAUAUUGCGGAAUCAUUGUCUUGGAAAUAUUACUUCUUAUCCAUAUCCGAAGAUGAGCAAAGCAGGAAACAUUAGGGACCUUAAACAAACAGGGCGACAACACGACGAUGAUGCCUGUUUAUACAAUGAUAUUCGUGAUCUUGUAGAAAAGAAAAUUUAUGUAUAAGGAAAAAUGUUGUCUCAAUGGCAAGCCAGAGACUUCUACGUCUCUUUUACAACGCAAACAUUUCAAGCCGCGACAACUGGUACUACAAAUUGGCCCAGCAGGAAUGUUUUCAACCAACAAGUUUCCUUCACAAUAAUUUAUUCGAAGGAAGCUCGCUUUGGCUACCACCGUUGCAUUGCAUGACAUUGUGCUCGACAUGCUUAAGGUCGCCCUUGUUUCCACAGCAAAAAUAUUCUGAAUUUGUUCAUCUGUUGGAAACAUUUUUGUUUUCUAAGUUUCCGCAAAAUGUUUCCAACUUCCAAGGAUAGGCAAACAGAGAAGCAUGGGACGGUGGAAUAAAUAUUUUAGUUUUUGGGACCACAAGAGAAUAUAAAUUUCUCUGCAAGUUAAUGGUUUUUCAUAACUGCUUUCCAAAUUGAACGCUAUAUUCCGGUAUAUUAAAAACAAUAUUAUAAAAUCAAAGCUACUGGUAAAAUUUUGUUCAAUGUUUGGGGUAGCUUGCACUCCGGGAUAUUUGUUGAUCUCCUUAGAUUCAAUGGAUUCACUGUUGAGCCACCUUAUGAUCAAGGAGUUGAAGAUAUAUACUUUAUCUGCUGACUUUUAUUUCUGAUUGAUAUUGAUUUUUCUAUUUUUUUCUGACCACAGAAAUUUUCCAGGACGAAUGGUCCUAUGACCCGGUAUUUUUACCACCCAUGCAGAGAUGCAUUGCAGGAAACAUCCAAAUGUUUCCGCAACUAUUUUUCUAUGCGGUAGUUUGCUUUAAAAGUUAGAAGUGCAAGCCUGGUCAAGACAUUUGACACAAAAAAUGUUGCAUAAGGGAUGAUCCCAGCACGAAGUUAGUUUCACCAGCAAUUUUACCUAGACAUGCUGAUGUUUCAAAUCGAACCAAUAAACUUGAAGUGAAAUAAAUAUCUUUCAUCUAACUUUUCUAAGGUCAUGGUUUCCAGUCUGCUGCAGCAGAAUCAAAACGCAAUCCCUCAGUACGCAGCAGUCGUGGAUCAACAGCCUCGCCUACCACACCUACCCCACCACCUACAGCACCAAAGGCAGUCACUACAGGCACUCUGAGAGUUCGUGCUAAAAAUCAGCCACCUCCAAGUGCCCCACCGCCCCCUCCAGAGGUACCAAAAGCGCCAAAUGGACCCCCACCUCCUCCUGUGUUACCAAAUAUUGCCCCACCCCCUCCCCCUAUGGUAAACGCACCAGGUUCACCAGUUGACUUACCCCCUCCUCCCCCUCCACCUUCAAUACCUACUGAUCUAGAACCAAUGUCCCCAGAGCCACCACCCCCUCCCCCGAUGACCCUUGAUGUGGAUGGUAAUCAUAAUCCAUUACCAGGUAUUUUCUUGUUAUUCAGUAUAUGAUGGUAAUUAAUAUAUGAUAGUAGUAGAUGGUGAUUUUGGUGACACACCGAUUUACGUUAUAGUUUGUGUUGUCUCGAAAUAUUUGAGAUGCAGAGUUGGAGCAUGUCUAUAAAGUUCGAGGUUUUUGCGAUGAGGUUUUUGCGAUGUCAAGAAUUAUUAAGUGAUAACAUUUAUAGCGAGACCCUGAUAUUCGGGAUGUCACUAAUUCUUGGGUUUCACUAAAGCUAGAGUUACACGAGCAACAAAAUUGCUGCAACUUGCAACAAAAUCUGAUUUCAACGCAUGUUAAGUAGAAAUGUCGACACAUGUUGUCUUGUGAUUUGUAAUUUAUGUGUAAACAUUUUCAAUUAACAUGCGUUGAAAUUAGAUGUUGUUGCAAGUUGCAGCAAUUUUGUUGCUCGUGUAACUCCACCUUAAGGCAUUAUGCAUGUUUAUGUUUUGUAUUGUUCAUAUUGAUGUUUAUGCUGUACUGGAGUGAGAAAAUGAUACGAAAUUCCAUGUAUUUGUCACCAAACGCAAGGCUAAUACAUAAAACGAACAAUCGACUCACCCUGAUAACUCUGGUUUGUUUUACCUCCCGUCACUUUUGUGACGUCAAAUGAAACCAAGAAUACCGAAUUCAAUAACUGUUUUAUUAUACAUUGCAUUUUCAUUAACUCUUUCGACAAACAAUGCAGAGUACGAUAAUUCAGGAUUUUUAUAGUCGUACCUGACUGGUACGCCAAUGGUUGUUGCCGCGUACUUGCACUAGUACAAACUCUGUACUCAAUGUGUACUUAGUAAUUAAAAUAAGGUUCAUAAAGUACAGGUUUCUGAAAAUUCAGGCAAUUGAACUGAAAAGAACUGGAACGCUACCUCCAACCGAAAAUUUUUUGACUUCAAGAAAAAGAUAGACAGUUAUCUGAAGGCUAUAUAGCGUUCCAGUUAUAUUCAUUUCAAUGGUUCAGACUACGAGGUAGAAAAAGAAGCACAAUUGCAUAUACGAAUAAUCAGUUUCUUAGUGCCAUCGGUCGAUCCAAUCAUGUUUCAUGCCAAGACAUCUCAGACACAUGAUAUACCAACUAAAUUACGGUAUUGAAUACCUUAUGGGCUUGGAAAGGUCAGAAGGUACCAGCAAAUAGUAAGUACGCAGAUAGCAAGAGUUCCUCGCACCUACGUGGCUGAAAACAAAGAAGUACCAGACCGUAAUAUUGGCUGGCGUACCUCCGGUACGUAAUCUGCAAUGUACGUACGAUUUAUCGCACUCUGCAAUGAUUUGUCGCACAAAACAACGUUUGGUUCUUAAAAAAGCAGCGAAAAUGAAUUUAAAAUAUCACAAUAACAUCAUAAAAAUAUUAGUUUUUUGCCUUAACUUAACGUAAUAUCUAAGUCUUGCGCUUAUGUGCAAAUAAAUUGACCAUUUCUUGUGCCAUGUACCGAAUAAUCCGCGAACUAACAAUCCUAUAUACGUAUGCAUUCAUACCAAUAUACUAACCUUUCUUCUAGAUUUUCUACCACCACCUCCUAGUCCAUUUGCAAAUCACGGAGAGCCGAGUCGUUCAGGUUUGAUACGAUUUAUUGCCUUCUUGAACACUCGCUAUCUCCCAAAUUAGAGAUGUUCUUUGUAGCACAUUGUUUUUAUAAAUAAAUAUGUAAUCAAAUUAUUAAUGACGGUAAAAAAAAAUACAAAAAUUAAUGAAUAUUAAUAUAAAGAAAGAAGAGAUGAAAAAUAUAGUUAUAGUCCUUCGGACUUAACGUCAUAUAUUCACGUGUGUCAUAUUUAACAAAUAUAAAACAUUUUCCGUGUUGAUAUACAGUUAUAUCAACACGAGUGGAAUAGGGAAAAUGAGAAAUUGUAUGGAAACACGACGCCCGAAGGGCGGAGUGUUUUCAUACAAUUUCGAGUUUUCCCAACUUCCACGAGUGUUGAUAUAACUAUAUAUCAAUACGGAAAAAAUGUUUUAUAUUUUUUUUAUAAUAUAGCAAUGUCAAAAGCCCGAAGGAUAAGAAAAAUUUCCGUGUUUACAAGCGGCGGAAAAUUUCCCGUGUUGACAUUGAGUUAUAUCAACACGGCUCUUAGCCAAUCAGCGUUCAGAAUUUACAAAUGCUAUAUUAUAAAAUGUGUUGUUGGUUUGCUGAGUUGUUGAAUGUUGGCGAGUACGUAUAUGCCUCGCCGUAUGUGGUAUGGUUUUGCAGUAUGUUAUUGUAUGGGAUGUAUGCCAUGAAGUGUGUGAUGUAGUACUGUAUGACUUGGUAUGGUAUGGUAUGGUAUGGUAUGGUAUGGUAUGGUAUGGUAUGGUAUGGUAUGGUUUCUGAUUGGUAACAGCCAGCUGUGAAAUCGUCAUUAACUCAAUAGCUGACCAGUUAUGGCGUUCUGACAUAUUCAACGUGGUGACGUCAUAAUGUUGAUAUGAAAAACCAUACUCAAAGUUAUGACGUCAUGCUAUGGAAAUACGAAUACGAAAUGUGGAACACGACAAAAACAAUAUGUUUGCAAAUGGGAAAAAUAACUAAAAAUAAUUCUUUUUCAUCUUUAAAUAAAUAAAUAAAACAAUUACUGAAUUCGGUUUUCGCCAGGUUUGAAGAAUGUACCUAUUCCCUAAUGAACAAAAUUUUGAUCUAGACAAGUCUAGACGCACGGGAAAUUGAUACCUUUCUUCAGAAAGCGGUAUCAAUUUCCCGUGCGUAAUACAAAAUGACUGAAAAACGGCAAAUUUCGCAGGGCUAUAUUAUCCGCAUUUUGCAAAGAAACUUCGGAAUAUUGCUAAUUUUGUGAUGCUCUUUCAAGCUGUGAUGAAAUUUUUGUCUAGACUUUUCUCUAGAUCAAAAUUUUGUUAAUUAGGGAAUAGGUCCAUUAUCAAGCAGCCAGUUUGUGUUAUCAACCUCAGUCUUCGGCUGAUAACACAAACUUCUGGCUUGAUAUCAUAUCAUGCUCAACCUCAUUCAAUAAUUGUUAAGUAACUUCGCAGGUUAAAUCAGCGGUUAAAUUGGAUGUGCUGCAGGAAACUUUACUUAGUCAUGCAUGCCUCACCCUUCAAAAUAGUCGUAUGUAAGUUAACUAAUAUGAUCAUUUGAAUUUUGUUGCAGGGGAAUUCAGUCCAUUACCUCCACCACCACCGGAGCUAAAUGAUCAGACAUAUGAUAUACCUCCCACUCCUGCCUGGGUUCCCGAAAUCUACGAAGAGAAAGGUAGAGUACAUAGACUUUCUAGUGAUCAUAACCAUUGAUAGGUGACAUUCGGUAUAGGAACUGUCUGUAAUGCAAUGAUAACUGAAAAAUAUAUUAAACAGCCAUUCAGAGCUGACAUCCUACAAAAUAUAUUACCAACAACAGCUGUCAAUUGACUAUACUUGACUACUGAUUUCCCAGUAAGACCUCAUGGGUAGUGAAUUGCCACAAUCUUCAUAAUACAUAAAGGGCCGUUCACACUUAGCACACAUUGAGAUCAAUCUACAUUGAGAUCGAUCUACUGUCCACACUUGCCCAAAAAUCUGAAUGAAUUAACGUAAAUAACUACCGUCAAUAAGCGGGGUGCCCACUGCCCAGCUCAAGUAACGAAGUAAAUGUACUUCGUUAAUACUGUACCUGAGUACUAUUUUUGAGAAGUCAGCAUGUAACAAAGUAAACUUUUUCUCGAGUACUUUUACUUGGAACGAAGUCGUUUUAAGAAGUAACGUUUUACUUCGUUAUUUUCAUUUUGUAGCGAAGUAUUUCGUUGCUUUCUAACUUUUGUUUAAUUUUAGGUGAUUUAUUCCAGACUUAUUUUAAUUUUGGGAUAGGUAAUAGGACCGCUACAUGCGUCUGGGAUCUCUCGUUUGUGGAUUUCUUAUAUCUUCAACGGGGUCUGUAAAGUAGUCAGACCAUGCCGUGAAAUAUUGUACAUUAGGUGCACGCAUAUAAUGCGUUUGCUGUUUUGUGUCUUUCGUAUGUCAAUCCAUUGGAGAAGUUCCCCCUACACGCUACAGACAAUAGUACUUUUACUUCAAGUAUCUUUUUAAGGAUACUUUGUACUUUUUAUUUAAGUACGUUUUGCCUCCAGUACUGUUUACUCUUACUCAAGUCGUUUUAUUGUUAAAUAAUUCUACUUUUACUCGAGUACAAAUUCAAAGUAAUUUAGGCGCCACUGAAGAUGCCAGGCAGCUAAGCAAAAAAUUAGCUCGGUUGUGAAACGUGAACUGAUCUGAGAUCACCUGCCAAGGUGGAUAAAUUUAGAUCAAUCUCGAAUCGGUCUCAGCUCGUUUUUCGUUGUCGACACUUGGCCCGAUACGACUCUGAUUCGAUUUCAGAUGCAUCCAAAGCAAGGUCACUCAGUACUCUUUGAUAUACUUUUAUAUAGUCGUCAGUAUUUAUGACUACGAAGCGAGCAGAGAUGAUGAGUUGUCAUUCAAAGAAGGUGAAAUUAUCUAGUGAUCAUAACCAUUGAUAGGUGACAUUCGGUAUAGGAACUGUCUGUAAUGCAAUGAUAACUGAAAAAUAUAUUAAACAGCCAUUCAGAGCUGACAUCCUACAAAAUAUAUUACCAACAACAGCUGUCAAUUGACUAUACUUGACUACUGAUUUCCCAGUAAGACCUCAUGGGUAGUGAAUUGCCACAAUCUUCAUAAUACAUAAAGGGCCGUUCACACUUAGCACACAUUGAGAUCAAUCUACAUUGAGAUCGAUCUACUGUCCACACUUGCCCAAAAAUCUGAAUGAAUUAACGUAAAUAACUACCGUCAAUAAGCGAGUGCCCACUGCCCAGCUCAAGUAACGAAGUAAAUGUACUUCGUUAAUACUGUACCUGAGUACUAUUUUUGAGAAGUCAGCAUGUAACAAAGUAAACUUUUUCUCGAGUACUUUUACUUGGAACGAAGUCGUUUUAAGAAGUAACGUUUUACUUCGUUAUUUUCAUUUUGUAGCGAAGUAUUUCGUUGCUUUCUAACUUUUGUUUAAUUUUAGGUGAUUUAUUCCAGACUUAUUUUAAUUUUGGGAUAGGUAAUAGGACCGCUACAUGCGUCUGGGAUCUCUCGUUUGUGGAUUUCUUAUAUCUUCAACGGGGUCUGUAAAGUAGUCAGACCAUGCCGUGAAAUAUUGUACAUUAGGUGCACGCAUAUAAUGCGUUUGCUGUUUUGUGUCUUUCGUAUGUCAAUCCAUUGGAGAAGUUCCCCCUACACGCUACAGACAAUAGUACUUUUACUUCAAGUAUCUUUUUAAGGAUACUUUGUACUUUUUAUUUAAGUACGUUUUGCCUCCAGUACUGUUUACUCUUACUCAAGUCGUUUUAUUGUUAAAUAAUUCUACUUUUACUCGAGUACAAAUUCAAAGUAAUUUAGGCGCCACUGAAGAUGCCAGGCAGCUAAGCAAAAAAUUAGCUCGGUUGUGAAACGUGAACUGAUCUGAGAUCACCUGCCAAGGUGGAUAAAUUUAGAUCAAUCUCGAAUCGGUCUCAGCUCGUUUUUCGUUGUCGACACUUGGCCCGAUACGACUCUGAUUCGAUUUCAGAUGCAUCCAAAGCAAGGUCACUCAGUACUCUUUGAUAUACUUUUAUAUAGUCGUCAGUAUUUAUGACUACGAAGCGAGCAGAGAUGAUGAGUUGUCAUUCAAAGAAGGUGAAAUUAUCUAUGUAUUGAAGAAAAACAGUGAUGGAUGGUAUGAAGGAGUUAUGGAUGGCAUGACUGGUCUCUUUCCUGGAAAUUAUGUUGAAGCUUCACGUUAAUUUUUUUAUGGAAUUGAACUAUUAGCUAUAUAUUGAAAAUAGGAAUAUGAAUUGAUAGUUACUCUAAAUAAAAGCAAUUAUAUAUCGUUUUGACAAAAGAAUAUUUUUCGUCAGUGCCGCAGCUUGCAAAAUAAAGCUAUGCAUCUUUGUUUGUAAAAUCAUAGGGAAUGACGUAACCAUGCGAGUCUGCAUACAUCAUGGCUACACAAUAUUAUCGCUAGAUAGCAAAGUCAGGCGAACUUUAUGCUCAUUUUUAAGUAUUUUAACGCAUUUGUAAGUGAAUACAUAUAUUUGCCGGGCUGCCUAUAUGGUAAAAUCGUCAAACUUGGGGUUCAGUGUCGCCCACUAGGGUUAGUAUAGGUUUAAACUUCAAUUUUGGUUUCUAUUUUCCACGGAGCUUAACUCGAAUGGUCCAAAUUGUGUUUGUUUCUUCGAGUUAAAAACAGGUGUAGUUGGGGCGUGGUCGGGGCUUAACUC